CUGUAUGACUUUGGCUUUCAAGAUCUUCUCACGAAACCUUCAAGCACUUGGACGAAAAGAGCUGUGCCCGUUCCGAGAACAGUGUCGUUGGUCUGGCAUAAGACAAUUCAGCAAUUGGUCAGAAACACAUCUGCUUCGUGGGCACUGCCUCCUCCGGAGAAGAAAGCCUGUUCUGUUAUUCCAGGGAGGCCAUCUAAGACCACGAGCCACCUGCUUUGUUUUCUUGCCAGGGUCGCAUGUGGGACUCUGCAGUGGCCCAUGUGAGAUGGCUGAGCAGCGGUUCUGUGUGGACUAUGCCAAGCGUGGUACAGCUGGCUGCAAAAAAUGCAAGGAAAAGAUUGUGAAGGGCGUAUGCCGAAUUGGCAAAGUGGUACCCAACCCCUUCUCAGAAUCUGGAGGUGAUAUGAAAGAGUGGUAUCAUAUUAAAUGUAUGUUUGAGAAAUUGGAGCGAGCUCGGGCCACCACAAAAAAAAUCGAAGACCUCACAGAGCUGGAAGGAUGGGAAGAACUGGAAGAUAGCGAGAAGGAACAGAUAACCCAACAUAUUACAGAUCUGUCUUCCAAGGCAGCAGGCACACCAAAGAAGAAAGCUGUUGUCCAGGCUAAGUUGACAACCACUGGCCAGGUGACAUCCCCAGUGAAAGGCUCCUCGUUUGUCACCAGUACCAAUCCCCGGAAAUUUUCUGGCUUUUCAGCCAAGCCCAACAACUCUGAGCAAGCGUCCUCAAGUCCUACCCCUAAGACAAGUCUGUCUUCAAGCAAAUGUGACCCCAAGCACAAGGAUUGUCUGCUACGGGAGUUUCGGAAAUUGUGUACCAUGGUGGCUGAUAAUCCUAGCUACAACACAAAGACCCAGAUCAUCCAGGACUUCUUGCGGAAAGGCUCAGCAGGAGAUGGUUUCCACGGUGAUGUGUACCUAACAGUGAAGUUGCUGCUGCCGGGUGUCAUUAAGAGUGUUUACAACUUGAAUGAUAAGCAGAUUGUGAAGCUUUUCAGCCGCAUUUUUAACUGCAACCCAGAUGAUAUGGCACGAGACCUAGAGCAGGGUGACGUGUCAGAGACGAUCAGAGUCUUCUUUGAGCAGAGCAAGUCUUUCCCCCCAGCUGCCAAGAGUCUCCUUACCAUCCAGGAAGUAGAUGAAUUCCUCCUGCGACUCUCCAAGCUCACCAAGGAGGAUGAACAGCAGCAGGCCCUGCAGGACAUUGCCUCCAGGUGUACAGCCAACGACCUUAAGUGUAUCAUCAGGUUGAUCAAACAUGAUCUGAAGAUGAACUCAGGUGCAAAACAUGUUUUAGAUGCUCUUGACCCUAAUGCCUAUGAAGCUUUCAAAGCCUCACGCAAUCUGCAGGAUGUAGUGGAGCGGGUUCUUCAAAAUGAGCAGGAGGUGGAGAAGAAGCCAGGCCAGAGACGGGCUCUGAGUGUCCAGGCCUCGCUGAUGACCCCGGUGCAGCCCAUGCUGGCAGAGGCCUGCAAGUCCAUCGAGUAUGCGAUGAAGAAGUGUCCCAAUGGUAUGUUCUCUGAGAUCAAGUAUGAUGGUGAGCGAGUCCAGGUGCAUAAGAAUGGCGACCACUUUAGCUACUUCAGCCGCAGUCUGAAGCCUGUCCUACCUCACAAGGUGGCCCACUUUAAGGACUACAUCCCCCAGGCCUUUCCUGGAGGCCAGAGCAUGAUCUUGGAUUCUGAGGUCCUCCUGAUUGACAACAAAACAGGCAAACCACUGCCCUUCGGGACUCUGGGCGUGCACAAGAAAGCUGCCUUCCAAGAUGCUAAUGUCUGCCUGUUUGUUUUUGAUUGUAUCUACUUCAAUGAUGUCAGCUUGAUGGACAGGCCCCUAUGUGAGCGGCGGAAGUUUCUUCGUGACAACAUGGUUGAAAUUCCCAACCGGAUCAUGUUCUCAGAAAUGAAGCAAGUUACAAAAGCUUCGGACUUGGCCGACAUGAUAAACAGAGUGAUCCGGGAGGGGUUGGAAGGGCUGGUGCUGAAGGACGUGAAGGGUACAUAUGAGCCUGGGAAGCGGCACUGGCUGAAAGUGAAGAAAGACUAUUUGAACGAGGGAGCCAUGGCCGACACAGCUGACCUGGUGGUGCUUGGGGCCUUCUAUGGGCAAGGCAGCAAAGGUGGCAUGAUGUCCAUCUUCCUCAUGGGCUGCUACGACCCAGGCAGCCAGAAGUGGUGCACAGUCACCAAGUGUGCAGGAGGCCACGAUGACGCAACACUCGCCCGCCUGCAGAAGGAACUGGACAUGGUGAAAAUCAGCAAGGACCCAAGCAAAAUACCCAGCUGGCUGAAGAUCAACAAGAUAUACUAUCCUGAUUUCAUCGUCCCAGAUCCAAAGAAAGCUGCCGUGUGGGAGAUCACAGGAGCAGAGUUCUCCAAAGCCGAGGCACACACAGCUGAUGGGAUCUCCAUCCGAUUCCCUCGCUGCACCCGAAUCCGAGAUGACAAGGACUGGAAAUCUGCCACCAAUCUCCCUCAACUCAAGGAACUGUACCAGCUGUCUAAAGAGAAGGCAGACUUCACUGUAGUGGCUGGAGAUGAGGGGAGCUCCAGUACGGGAGGCAGCAGUGGCGAGAACGAGGGCACCUCGGGGUCUGCUGUUUCCCACAAGGCUCCCAGAGCCUCCCCCAAACCUGCCAGCGCCAAGAAGACCGAAGGGAAGCUGAGUAACCCCAACAGCAAAGGCAGCCGCAAGCUGAAUGCAAAGCCUUCCCCUGUGACAGUGGGAGAGAAGCUGGCCACGAAGUCUUCUCCAGUGAAAGUAGGGGAGAAAAGGAAAGCUGCUGACGAUGGCCCGUGCCCAGCCAAGGUGAAGGUGCUACUGGACAUCUUCACUGGGGUUCGGCUCUACUUGCCGCCCUCCACACCAGACUUCAGCCGUCUCAGACGCUACUUUGUGGCAUUCAACGGGGACCUGGUGCAGGAAUUUGACAUGGCCUCAGCCACCCACGUGCUCGGUGACAGGGACAAGAACCCUGAGGCCCAGCUGGUCUCCCCAGAGUGGAUUUGGGCAUGUAUCCGUAAACGGAGGCUGGUAGCUCCUUGCUAGGACUGCAGUCUUCCCUGCCCUAAGCUGCACUCUCCCCUGCCACACCAUCACAGGGCUCAGGCUGGGACUGGUAGUGGAGAGUAGAGGAGGGGGUGGGCUUUCUUCUCUAAGCAUCAAAUCUUCCAAAUCCACAACUCUUCAUGGUCUCUCCCGGACUAGGAGUAGUUGCUGUGGACACCACAAGUGAAGUCAGUUUCUCUUUGUGGUUUAAAUAGAUCUUUCAGAUCUGGGUGCUGGCAUUGUCAUCCUUAUUGUUUCCUAAAAAGAAGCUUAGUUAUUUUUUUAUAAAUAAAAUGUCUUGCAGUAAUAUGGCUCCCCACUGGCUCCCCCUAGCUUCUUUAGAGGGAGUGAAGACUGGGCUGUUGAAGCCUUGUCACCAUCUUCUCUCCUUGCCUGCCACUUUUACAGCUGUAUUUAAAAGACUGCCUACCAAAUUGGCAAAAUUUGUAUUCAGCCUGGCCCCUUUUUGCCAGGAUGAACCCUCAUUUAAAAGAGAAAAUGAACUUCCGUGACUUCA